AUGACCGCUGCCAGCGAGUUCCCCAUCCCUCCCUCCGCCCCCCGGCGCGCCCACACCGAUACGGUGCAUGGUGACGCCCGCGUCGACCCAUGGCACUGGCUCCGGGAUCAGGACGACCCCGAGACGAUGCAAUACCUGCGUGCCGAGAACGAAUACACGGAGGCGUUCCUCGCCCCUUUGGCAUCCUUGCAGGAAUCGAUCUACGAUGAAAUCCGCGGACGCAUCAAGGAGGACGAUAACUCCGUUCCCGAGAAGGAAGGCGACUUUUAUUACUAUGUCCGCUAUGAGGAGGGUGGCCAGUACCCCAUCUACUGUCGCCGCGCAGGAAGCGACGAAGGUCCUGAAGAAGUCCUCCUGGACGUGAACCUGCUGGCCGAGGGCCGCGACUACACCCAAGUGUCGAGUUUCGAAAACAGCCCCGACCAUCUGCUGGUCGCCUACGGCGUGGAUUUCGACGGUUCGGAACAGUUCACCAUACGGGUGCUUGACCUGGAAUCGGGGGAAACCCUCGGCGACGAGAUCCCCAACACCUACUAUGGACUGGAGUGGGCCAACGACAAUCGUACCUUCUAUUACUCGGUCCUGGACGAGCACCAUCGCCCGGUUUACAUCUAUCGUCACACCCUCGGCGCCGACCCGUCCGCCGAUGAAUUGGUCUACCACGAGGAGGACUCGCGAUUUUUCGCCGGCGUCGGCAAGUCCAACAGCGGGCGGUUCAUUUACGUGGCCGCCGGUGGGAACAAUAUGUCCGAAUGGAGGUUCCUGGAUGCCGACGACCCCGCUUCAAUACCGGUGCUGAUAGAACCUCGCGCCACCGAUUUCGAAUACGACGUAGAAGAUCACGGCGAACGAUUCAUCAUCCGGCACAACGGCAAGGGCGCCAGGGAUUUCAUGCUGGCCACCGUUCCAAUCGACAACCCCGGAUGGGACAACUGGUCCGAUUUCAUGCCCCAUGAACCCGGUCGUCCCAUUCGGGGUAUCCAGGCCUACCGCGACCACCUGGUCGUCGCCUGCCGGCAACACGGCCUGCCCCAGGUCAUGGUGCACCGCCUUUCUGACGGCGAUACGCACUACAUCGCCGGCGUUGAUGAGGACGACUUCGCCAUGUCGCCUCGCGGUGGCCGGGAGUUUGACACCAGUACCCUGCGUUUUGCCUACACGUCCCUCAAGACCCCGGCCGCCGUGUACGACUACAACAUGGCCAGCCGCGAGCGGGUCCUGCGCAAACAGCAGGAAAUACCCUCCGGAUACGACGGCGGCCAAUACGAGACCCGCCGGGUUUGGGCUACGGCCAGGGACGGCACGGCGGUUCCGAUCAGCCUGCUGAUGCGCCGGGACGUCCCGGUUGAUGGCAGCGCUCCCCUGUAUCUCUACGGCUAUGGUAGCUACGGCUUGAACAUGGACGCCAACUUCAGCAUUUCCGCGUUGAGCCUCGUCGACCGUGGCUUCAUCUUUGCCAUCGCCCACAUCCGGGGCGGCAUGGAAAUGGGCUGGGACUGGUACGAAAACGGCAAGCUCCUGAACAAGCGCAAUACGUUCAACGAUUUCAUUGAUUGCGCCGAGUACCUGGUCUCCGAGGGCUACACCGCUCGCGGACGCAUUGCCGCCGCCGGUGGCAGCGCCGGCGGUAUGCUGAUGGGCGCUGUAAUUAACGAACGUCCCGACAUCUUCGGCUGCGUGGCGGCGCAUGUCCCCUUCGUCGACGUCCUCAACACCAUGCUGGACGACACCCUGCCCCUCACCACCAUGGAAUACAACGAAUGGGGCAAUCCCAAUGAUGAAGAGUACUACCGCUACAUGCGCACCUACUCACCCUACGAUAACGUGCGCGGGCAGGACUAUCCCCCCAUGCUGGUCACCGCGGGCAUCAGCGAUCCGCGGGUAACCUACUGGGAGCCGGCCAAGUGGGUCGCCAAGUUGCGCACCAUGCGCACCGACGGCCAGCCGCUCCUCCUCAAGACCCACAUGGAUUCGGGUCAUGCCGGCGCUUCUGGCCGUUUCGAACGCAUAAAAGAGGUUGCCGAGGAAUACGCUUUCAUCCUCCACUCCUUCGGAAUGGCGGACACUCCCGCUUGA